AUGUCUGCCAACGAGUCUGCCCCGUCCCUCUUGACCUUGGCUGCUCUCCCCUCCACCAAGUCCAUCCCAGCACCUACUCUGCAAGAGGCGCUAUCCACCUCGCCAUUUCUUUCACAACCUAUAGAGGGCACUUUCAAUCUCCGCGAUCUCGGUGCCCUCCCAGGCUCUCCCAUUUCGCCCGGUCUGUUCUACCGCUCGGGCCAUCUCUCCUCGCUCAGCGCGGAGGGCAAAGAGCGAUUGCGUGAUGAGCUCGGAGUUCGUCUCGUGUUAGAUCUGCGAUACGAGGUCGAGCGCAUAUCCAAGCCGGCGCCUGACAUCCCCGGAGUCGAGAUAGUGUGGAUUCCACCGGUUGGUAUGGGGACACCCGCCGAUCUUGCGCGCUUUACCAGCAACAGUGAGAAUGGCGAUGGGGGUGACCGUGGUUUCACGGAGAUGUACCUGGAGCUCGUUGAGCUUUAUGCCCCGGUGUACAAGUGGGUGCUAUCGUAUCUGCGCGAUCACUAUAGUACCCCAUCGAGUCCCGAGGGCAAUGGCUCUGGACGGGGGAUCUUGUUCCACUGCACCGCGGGUAAGGAUCGCACGGGAAUUCUUGCGGCUCUUCUCCUGACGCUCGCGGGUGCUCCCUAUGCCACCAUUGCCGAGGACUUUGUCCUCACGCGGGUGGGCAUGGAGCCCCAGAAAGAGUUCUUGCAGGCUGUCCUGUUGAAAUGGAAACCAGAGUGGACGGUGGAAACUCCGGGCUGGCAGGAGUAUACCAAUAUCAAGCGAUCGCAUAUCCUCGCCUUCCUCGCAGCGAUGCAGACUCGGUAUGGCGGAGUUGAGGGAUUUGUGCAGUCGCAGUUAGGGUUCACCUCGCAGGAGGUUGGGCAGAUCCAGCAAGUGCUACGAGGAGCGUAG